AUGAAAUGCUUCGAUGGGAUAUUCAACUCUGUGAACGCGGCGUGCAACGGCGGCCAGGCCGCGGGCCCGACGUCCGAGAAGCGCAGCUGUCAAGAGAUCUGCGGCCACGCGCACAACCCGUGGGGGGAGUGGUCGGUGUGCGACCAGACGACGGCGAAGCAGACGCGGUCGCGUGCGAUCGUGAACCCGCCAUCUACCGACCAAGCGCCGUGCGCCACGAGCGAAGAGCGCGACUGCGCCGUAGACUGCGUCAUGGACGACUGGGGCGAGUGGGGCGAGUGCGACGAAUGCACGGGUAUCCAGGUCCGCAACCGCAAGGUGAUUAUCCCGAUGCAAAACGGCGGCUACCAGUGCCCGGAUACGCAGGAGAACCUGGCGUGCGCCGUCAUGUGCAUGGCGAGCGAGUGGACCCCGUGGAGCGCGCCGGACGACUCGUGCACGUGCAGCCGCACCCGGACUAGACCGGUCAACGGAGGACCCGCUUCGAAGCUGUGCCAUAGCAAGGGUAUACAUCGCUUCGAAGUCGAGCCAUAG